GACGCGCAAAGCUGCCUUCACUGGCAGCUUGUUUCUCUCCAUACCCUCCUCACCGCUUGUCACGAUGUCGACGUCCACGGCUGUAGAUGCUGCGCGACCCAAGCUAGAUGUGGAGGAAUACUUAACGACCGCGCUGUCGGCGACGCCUCAGGAGCUUCAUCCGUUCUUCGAGUCGUUCAGGAAUCUACAUAACCGCAAACUAUGGCACCAACUCACUCUGAAGCUUCUUGCAUUCUUUGACCACCCCCUCUCAAAACCAUACCGAGUCGAUGUCUUCGACCGGUUUGUUCGAGAGUUCGAAAGUCGGUUAAACCAGCAACGGCUGGUGGAGAUGGGCGUGAAGGUGUCGCGGGAGAUCGACAAUCCCUCGGCGCAUCUGCAGUUUUUACUGGACCUUCUGGCUCGUAUCGAUACCAAGCAGUCACCAGAGUCAGAGGUCCUGCUGCUCUCGCAUAUUGCCCAUGCAAAGUUGAUGUACGGAGACAUUGACGGGACAAGGACGGACAUUGACAAGGCGUGGAAAGUGUUGGACGAGCUGACUGCCGUCGAUAACGGUGUUUCAGCGGCCUACUACAGUGUGGCUGCGGAUUAUCACAAGGCCAAGGCCGAAUACGCGCCUUACUACAGGAAUUCGCUGUUAUACCUCGCAUGCGUGGAUGUGGAAAAGGACAUGACUGCGGAAGACCGCCUAGUUCGCGCCCACGACCUCAGUGUGGCUGCUUUCCUUGGGGACACCAUCUACAACUUUGGAGAACUCCUCAUGCAUCCAAUCCUGAACUCGCUAGAUAACACGCAGUACGACUGGAUCAAGAAGCUGCUGUUCACCUUCAACGAAGGUAAUAUCGGCAGAUUCGAAGCGUUGGCUCCCUUGUUUCCGAAGGAGCCAAUCCUGCAAGAGAAUUAUCCUUUCCUGCGACAGAAGAUCUGCCUUAUGGCGCUGAUCGAGUCCGUGUUCAAGCGCAGUCCGUACGAUCGGACCAUGAGCUUCCAGACCAUCGCGGAGGAGACGCGGCUACCGCUGGACGAGGUCGAGCACCUCGUCAUGAAGGCUCUGAGUCUAAAACUAAUCCGGGGGUCGAUCGACCAGGUCGAGGAGAAGGCGCAGAUUACGUGGGUGCAGCCGCGCGUGCUUUCGCGGGAGCAGAUUGGGCAGCUGUCGCAGCGGUUGUCGUCGUGGGUGGGGAAGCUGAAAGGAGUCGAGCAGAAGAUUGCUCCCGAGAUACUGAGUACUGCCUGAUUGCAAUGGCUUUCACGUUCCGGUGUUCAAAUGCGCUUGUUCUCGACAACCACGUUGAGGUGUACAUUACCGACCAGCCCAGCUGCCUAUCGUUAAUUAUGGUUUUGGCUGGGAUCUACAUGAGGCCACAAGUCGUAAUGGGCG